CUGGCGGGGCGGCUUCGGCUCCGGCAGCACUGGAGGCGGCAGCAGCCGGGAGGGCGACUCGCAGGGCGCGCCAGCGGCGCGGGACCAGGGACGCUUUCCACCCCAGGGAGAUCCUCGGCUGAUUCUCUCUGCCCCGGCGUCCCGUAGGAGCCCGCGGGACCCCCGGGCCGGCAGGGAGCGCCGGCGGCGGCCGCAGCACCAUGAGGCGAUGGUGGGGCGCGCUGCUGCUUGGCGCCCUGCUCUGCGCACACGGCCUAGCCAGCAACCUGGAGUGUGCGUGUGGUCGGAGCCACUUCACGUGUGCAGUGAGCGCCCUCGGCGAGUGCACCUGCAUCCCCGCCCAGUGGCAGUGUGAUGGAGACAAUGACUGCGGGGACCACAGCGACGAGGAUGGGUGUAUGCUGCCGACCUGUUCCCCUCUGGACUUCCACUGUGACAACGGCAAGUGUAUCCGCCGCUCCUGGGUGUGCGAUGGGGACAAUGACUGUGAAGAUGACUCUGACGAGCAGGACUGUCCCCCCCGAGAGUGUGAGGAGGAUGAGUUCCCCUGCCAGAACGGCUACUGCAUCCGGAGCCUGUGGCACUGUGAUGGAGACAAUGACUGUGGUGACAACAGUGACGAACAGUGUGACAUGCGCAAGUGCUCAGACAAGGAAUUCCGCUGCAGCGAUGGGAGCUGCAUUGCCGAGCAUUGGUACUGCGACGGUGACGCGGACUGCAAAGACGGCUCUGAUGAGGAGAGCUGCCCCUCAGCAGUGCCCUCUCCUCCAUGCAAUCUGGAGGAGUUCCAGUGUGCCUAUGGACGCUGCAUCCUUGACAUCUACCACUGUGACGGGGAUGAUGACUGUGGAGACUGGUCGGAUGAAUCUGACUGUUCUUCCCACCAGCCCUGCCGCUCUGGGGAAUUCAUGUGUGACAGUGGGCUGUGCAUCAACGCAGGCUGGCGCUGUGAUGGUGACGCAGACUGCGAUGACCAGUCUGAUGAACGCAACUGCACCACCUCCAUGUGCACAGCCGAACAGUUUCGCUGUCGGUCAGGCCGCUGUGUCCGUCUGUCCUGGCACUGUGAUGGGGAGGAUGACUGUGCAGACAACAGUGAUGAAGAAAACUGUGAGAACACAGGAAGCCCCCAGUGUGCCUCUGACCAGUUCCUGUGUUGGAAUGGGCGAUGCAUCGGGCAGAGGAAGCUGUGCAAUGGGGUCAAUGACUGUGGUGACAGCAGUGACGAAAACCCGCACCAGAACUGUCGGCCCCGGACGGGUGAGGAGAACUGCAAUGUUAACAACGGUGGCUGUGCCCAGAAGUGCCAGAUGGUGCGGGGGGCAGUGCAGUGUACCUGCCACACAGGCUACCGGCUCACAGAGGAUGGGAGAACAUGCCAGGAUGUGAAUGAAUGUGCUGAGGAGGGGUACUGCAGCCAAGGCUGUACAAACAGCGAAGGGGCUUUCCAGUGCUGGUGUGAAGCAGGUUAUGAGCUGCGGCCCGACCGGCGCAGCUGCAAGGCUCUGGGGCCAGAACCUGUGCUACUGUUUGCCAAUCGUAUCGACAUCCGGCAGGUGCUCCCGCACCGCUCUGAAUACACACUGCUACUCAACAACCUGGAGAACGCCAUUGCCCUUGACUUUCAUCACCGGCGGGAGCUGGUCUUCUGGUCUGAUGUCACCCUGGAUCGCAUCCUCCGUGCCAACCUUAAUGGCAGCAAUGUGGAGGAGGUUGUGUCUACUGGGCUAGAGAGCCCAGGGGGCCUGGCUGUGGAUUGGGUCCACGACAAGCUCUACUGGACUGACUCAGGGACAUCGAGGAUUGAGGUGGCUAACCUGGAUGGGGCCCAUCGGAAGGUGCUGCUGUGGCAGAACCUGGAGAAGCCCAGGGCCAUUGCCCUGCACCCCAUGGAGGGAACCAUUUACUGGACAGAUUGGGGCAACACUCCCCGCAUUGAGGCCUCCAGCAUGGAUGGCUCUGCACGGCGCAUCAUUGCUGACACUCAUCUCUUCUGGCCCAAUGGCCUCACCAUCGACUAUGCUGGACGCCGAAUGUACUGGGUGGAUGCUAAACACCACGUCAUCGAGAGGGCCAAUCUAGAUGGGAGUCACCGCAAGGCUGUCAUUAGCCAGGGCCUCCCACAUCCCUUUGCCAUCACAGUUUUUGAAGACAGCUUGUACUGGACAGACUGGCACACCAAGAGCAUCAAUAGUGCCAACAAGUUUACUGGGAAGAACCAGGAGAUCAUUCGUAACAAGCUGCACUUCCCCAUGGAUAUUCAUACCUUACACCCUCAGCGCCAGCCUGCAGGGAAAAACCGUUGUGGGGACAACAACGGAGGCUGCACCCAUCUGUGUCUACCCAGUGGCCAGAGUUACACCUGUGCCUGCCCCACUGGCUUCCGCAAGAUCAACAGCCACGCCUGUGCCCAGAGUCUUGACAAGUUCCUGCUUUUUGCCCGAAGGAUGGACAUCCGUCGGAUCAGCUUCGACACAGAGGACCUGUCCGACGAUGUCAUCCCACUGGCUGACGUGCGCAGUGCUGUGGCCCUGGACUGGGACUCCCGGGAUGACCACGUGUACUGGACCGAUGUCAGCACUGAUGCCAUCAGCAGGGCCAAGUGGGAUGGAACAGGACAGGAGGUGGUAGUGGAUACCAGUUUGGAAAGCCCCGCUGGCCUGGCAAUUGAUUGGGUCACGAACAAGCUCUACUGGACAGAUGCAGGUACAGACCGAAUUGAAGUGGCGAACACAGACGGUAGCAUGAGGACAGUGCUCAUCUGGGAGAACCUUGACCGUCCUCGGGACAUCGUGGUAGAGCCCAUGGGCGGGUACAUGUAUUGGACUGACUGGGGUGCAAGUCCCAAGAUUGAACGAGCUGGCAUGGACGCCUCCAGACGCCAAGUCAUCAUCUCGUCUAACCUGACAUGGCCUAACGGAUUAGCUAUUGACUACGGGUCCCAGCGGCUGUACUGGGCUGAUGCCGGCAUGAAGACUAUUGAAUUCGCCGGGCUGGAUGGCAGCCAGAGGAAGGUGCUGAUUGGAAGUCAGCUGCCCCACCCUUUUGGGCUGACUCUAUAUGGACAGCGCAUCUAUUGGACCGACUGGCAGACCAAAAGUAUACAAAGCGCUGACCGGCUGACCGGGUUAGACCGGGAGACGCUACAGGAGAACCUGGAAAACCUCAUGGACAUCCAUGUCUUCCACCGCCAGAGGCCUCCAGUGAUGACGCCCUGUGCUGUGGAGAACGGUGGCUGCAGCCACUUGUGUCUCCGGUCCCCCAACCCAAGCCGUUUCAGCUGUACCUGCCCCACAGGCAUCAACCUGAUGACUGAUGGCAAGACAUGUUCCCCAGGCAUGAACAGCUUCCUCAUCUUCGCCAGGAGGAUCGAUGUGCGCAUGGUCUCCUUGGAUAUCCCUUACUUUGCUGAUGUGGUAGUCCCAAUCAACAUGACCAUGAAGAAUACCAUUGCCAUUGGAGUGGACGCCCUGGAAGGAAAAGUGUACUGGUCUGACAGCACGCUGCACAGGAUCAGCCGUGCCAGCUUGGAUGGCUCACAACAUGAGGACAUCAUCACCACAGGUCUGCAGACCACAGAUGGACUUGCAGUGGAUGCCAUCGGCCGGAAAGUGUACUGGACAGACACGGGGACGAACCGGAUUGAAGUUGGCAACCUGGAUGGGUCUAUGCGGAAAGUGUUGGUGUGGCAGAACCUUGACAGUCCCCGGGCCAUUGUACUAUACCACGAAAUGGGGUUCAUGUACUGGACAGACUGGGGGGAGAAUGCCAAGUUAGAACGGUCUGGAAUGGAUGGUUCAGAUCGGACUGUGCUCAUCAACAACAACCUAGGAUGGCCCAAUGGGCUGACUGUGGACAAGGCCAGCUCCCAACUGCUCUGGGCUGAUGCCCACACUGAGAGAAUUGAGGCAGCCGACCUGAAUGGUGCCAAUCGGCAUACAUUGGUGUCACCAGUACAGCACCCAUAUGGCCUCACUCUGCUCGACUCCUAUAUCUACUGGACCGACUGGCAGACCCGUAGCAUCCACCGGGCUGACAAGAAUACUGGCAGUAAUGUCAUCUUGGUGAGGUCCAACCUGCCAGGCCUCAUGGACAUCCAAGCUAUUGACCGGGCACAGCCACUGGGUUUUAAUAAGUGUGGCUUGAGAAAUGGCGGCUGUUCCCACCUCUGCUUACCUCGGCCUUCCGGUUUCUCCUGUGCCUGCCCCACUGGCAUCCAGCUGAAGGGGGACGGGAAGACCUGUGACCCCUCUCCAGAGACCUACCUGCUCUUCUCUAGCCGAGGCUCCAUUCGCCGUAUCUCGCUGGACACCGAGGACCACACAGAUGUGCACGUUCCUGUUCCUGGGCUCAACAACGUCAUCUCCCUGGACUACGACAGUGUGGAUGGGAAGGUCUACUACACAGACGUGUUCCUGGAUGUUAUCAGGCGAGCUGACCUGAAUGGCAGCAACAUGGAGACUGUCAUUGGGCAUGGGCUGAAGACCACUGACGGCCUGGCAGUGGACUGGGUUGCCAGAAACCUGUAUUGGACAGAUACAGGCCGAAAUACCAUCGAAGCGUCUCGGCUAGACGGUUCCUGUCGCAAAGUGCUAAUCAACAACAGUCUAGACGAGCCCCGGGCCAUUGCUGUCUUCCCCAGAAAGGGGUACCUCUUCUGGACAGACUGGGGCCACAUUGCCAAGAUCGAACGGGCAAACCUGGAUGGUUCUGAGCGGAAGGUCCUCAUCAACACAGACCUAGGCUGGCCCAAUGGCCUUACCUUGGACUAUGAUACCCGCAGGAUCUACUGGGUAGAUGCCCAUCUGGAUCGGAUCGAGAGUGCUGACCUCAGUGGGAAGCUGCGGCAGGUCUUGGUCAGCCAUGUGUCCCACCCCUUUGCCCUCACACAGCAGGACAGGUGGAUCUACUGGACAGACUGGCAGACCAAGUCCAUCCAGCGUGUCGACAAGUACUCGGGCCGCAAUAAGGAGACAGUGCUGGCCAAUGUGGAGGGACUCAUGGACAUCAUCGUGGUGUCCCCUCAGCGGCAGACAGGGACCAAUGCCUGUGGUGUGAACAAUGGUGGCUGUACCCACCUCUGCUUUGCCAGAGCCUCUGACUUUGUGUGUGCCUGUCCUGAUGAGCCCGACAGUCAGCCCUGUUCCCUUGUACCUGGCCUAGCGCCUCCCGCUACCAGAGCUACCAGCGUGAGUGAAAAGAGCCCAGUACUACCCAACACACUGCCCACCACUUUGCAUUCUUCUACCACCAGGACCCGCACAGCUCUGGAGGGGGCAGGAGGAAGAUGCUCUGAAAGGGAUGCUCAGCUGGGCCUCUGUAUACAUUCCAACGAGGCUGUACCUGCUGCUCCAGGUGAAGGACUUCACAUCAGCUACGCCAUCGGUGGGCUCCUCAGUAUUCUGUUGAUUUUGAUGGUGAUUGCAGCUUUGAUGCUAUACAGACACAGAAAAUCUAAGUUCACGGAUCCUGGGAUGGGAAACCUGACCUACAGCAACCCCUCCUACCGAACUUCCACCCAGGAAGUGAAAAUUGAAGCAGUUCCCAAACCAGCCAUGUAUAAUCAACUGUGCUAUAAGAAAGAGGGUGGGCCUGACCACAAUUACACCAAGGAGAAGAUCAAGAUUGUAGAGGGAAUUUGCCUCCUCUCUGGAGAUGAUGCUGAAUGGGAUGACCUCAAGCAGCUGCGAAGCUCCCGGGGGGGCCUUCUACGGGAUCAUGUAUGCAUGAAGACAGACACAGUGUCCAUCCAGGCCAGCUCUGGCUCCCUAGAUGACACGGAGACAGAGCAGCUGCUGCAAGAAGAGCAGUCUGAGUGUAGCAGUGUCCACACUGCAGCCACUCCCGAAAGACGGGGCUCUCUGCCAGACACGGGCUGGAAACAUGAACACAAGCUCUCCUCAGAGAGUCAGGUCUAAGUGGCCACAUUCUCUUUCCUGCCUGCCCACUCCUUCUCCUCUAUGGACUUCUGAUCCUUGUGCUCACAUAACAGCAGGCUCCUUUCCCAUGUGCUCAUCUUCCUCCUCCCACCCCAAACUGCUUCCAAGCCCCCAUAGAACCUGUUACUCACCUGAGUCCACAACUUACCUGGGGACAAGAAAUGAGGGCACAUCUCAAGAAUUUAGACCUGUUUACCAUGAACUUCACCUCUUGUGCUCUACCCUGGGCUCCCUGAAACUGGGCUCAGCAUGAUUCCUGGUCAGCAUAGAGCUCCAUCUCUCUUUCCCCUGGCACCCUCUGUGCCCUGGCCCAGAGUACUGAAGCAAUUGAUGAUGUAAGACUCUUCCCCAUCACAGCUGACAUGAUGGUUUCUCAGUGAACUAGCUUACUAGAGACUGGGACUGGAGGUCACAGGUAAAGGGUAAUGGAUAGAGGUUGAGAGAAUGGAAAAUCAUCCCAGCUGGUCUGGGUAUUUGUGAAACCUCCAGCCUCAUAUGUUGGUAAUGAUGAAAAAUUUUUGUGGGGUACUUGAGCCCUGGUGUCUUGUCCAUUGCUGGCAGUGGACAUUCUUCUCACCCAGGAGUCACAGCUUUGUCAGCUGUGAUACAGCGAAGUGUGGGUAUGGCUUAAGCUGUUCUUCCUGCUGGAAUGUCUGGGGCCAUUUCUACCUUGGAUAACUGGAGGCCCCUGUCAUGGCAACUCACUAAUAGGAAUUCCCUCCUGGUGCUGCUACUGGCCAGUACUCUUCCUAAGCCUUUAACUAUGUUGUGAGCUUGCGUGAACAGCAGGUGGGCCUUGGAGACUAGACCUCUAAGACUUUGAGAAGCUCUGCAUAGAUUAAGCACAGUAUUCUAUGGACUUCACUAUUCUUUCUCUCUCCCAUUCUCUGGGGUUCUAAGAGAAGCAAUUCUGUAACAGCCUCUCAAAGAAUGACUAGACAUUUCCCUAAAUGGUCAGGAAGAACAACUAGAGAGAGACAAGAUACCCAGGGGCCCAGGAGAAGUAUUAUGAGGUUCAUUCUCAAGUGCUCAGGGACACAAGUUCAUGGACACAACCUGUGGCUUUAGGUGGAAAAGCUCACAUGCCAACUCUUCCCAGCCACUGUCCACACUAAAGUGCUACCACUGUGUCAUGCUCCUUUAGACCAAGGGCUUCUCUCAGCAGAGCUGAGACCUUUUUGUGUUGCCCUAAAAUGUCUUCCCAGCUCUUCACUUCUGAGAGAGGGGAGUCUAGGUUUGCUUUUUCUAAUCUAUCUUUAUGUCACCAUCAGUCUCAAAGGUCCAGUGAAGAAGAGGGCCAAUGAAGAUGCAAAGUGGUGAGCCAGAAGAAAGGCAGUAAGAACUAGUCCAGAGCACUUCUCUCUAGAAACUGAUGCGACAGGAGAGAUUGACAGGAGCUGAGAAUGGAGGGGAGGGCUUUUAAUUUUUCUGAUUUAAAACAUCUUUCAUGGUUAUUGUUCAGAGAUCAGCAGCAAAGCAUAUGCAUGAAAAAACAGGACAAGAUCAAAUCUUCUCUGGUUAGUUACAGGAGUAGGAGACAGAUGUCAAAGCAUUAUCUUGUUCUUAGGCCUUUUCCAGUGCACCAAUUUAAAAUGUACAGUGCCACUCCUAAGAGGAAGUAGGGACAUUUCAUGCUGAAUGAGGCAGCAUUUGAGUCUUUAAAUUCACAGUUGGGGAGGAGGAAAAAAAAACAAGAAGAGUAGCAUCCUCCUGAGUGGAAAGGGGCAAGGCAAGGUUCUUAUUGCACUUGGGCUGUUCGGAAUGUAGAAAGGACAUAUUUGAGGAAAAUUUGAGCACUGAUUUACUCUGUACAAAGGGCAAAAUCUCUCUGUCCGAAACUAAUGGAAUUGAUUUUCCCAUGCUCGUGUGUAAUGAUUUUAACAUUACUUACUGGAGAGAUUGGACUUUCUGGAGUUAUUUAACCACUAUGUUCAGUGUUUUAGGGCUUUAUGAUAAUUUAAUAUAAAUUUAGCUUUUCUUAAUUA